AUGGGAUCUGACUCUCGUCCGUCAAAGCGACGAAGAGUGUCCAACCCAGACCUUGACCCCGAACAAGAGAGGAGAGAAUCUCCCAGUCCAACCCGAACUCGAAAGACGCGCAAGAAUAACAUUCCUGCUACUGAACCCGAGAGCACCGCCAAUGCAGGUACAGAAGAAGUAGCGGAGAAGAAAGACGAUGAAGCGCCGUCACAGUCUACGAGACGAAGUGCCCGGAUAAAGGUGACGGGGAAUUCCGUCGUGAGCACCAGUGCAGGCCCACCGAGACCGAGGGUUGUGGAGGAAGAGGAUACACAGAAUAGGAAGAGAAGCAGAAAGACAAAGACUAGUAUAGCUGGUUCGUCGUCAACGAAGAAAUUGGCACGGAAAUCAAGCAAACCAACCGCUGCCACUACAACCACUACUACUACAACUACGACUGGGCGGAAGAACAAGAAGGAGGACAAGCAAGACGAAAGAGAUGGUCGAUUGAAAGGGAAGAAAGAGAAAAAGGGCGUCAGUGGUACAGACGAUGUGUGGGAAGUUCCGUGUGAUCGCGAGAACGAGGACGAGGACGAGCUAGCUAUAGCGCAGUUAGUGGCUAAUGAUGCGGCGAUGCAGCUUCAGACGGAGCUUGAAGUGCCUCCUGAGACAGUCAAUCAACCUGCCUAUGCCGAGGAGUUCAUAUCGCUAUGUGAAGAGCACGGUCUGGAACCAAUGCUAGCACCGCUCGGCGAGUUCAUUCUAGAAAAGCUAAACGGCAAACGCCUGAUACCACUCAAGGGACUGGACAAUGAAUAUCGGACAGUCUUCCAGCUGCUGGAGCAGACCGUUGUGGCAGGCGAAGGGAACUCACUUCUGCUACUCGGGGCCAGAGGGAGUGGGAAAACCGCGGUGGUAAACACGGCCCUAGCAGCUCUGUCGAAAACCAAUGCCGACGACUUCCACAUUGUUCGUCUGAAUGGAUUCCUGCACACAGACGACAAGGUUGCUCUGCGGGAGAUAUGGCAGCAGCUGGGGCGCGAGAUAGAUCCGCAGGAUGAUCUGGAAAAGCCGUCAAGCUACGCUGACACGAUGGCGUCGCUGCUUGCGUUGCUAUCCCACCCUGAAGAAAUAACGGGUCCCUUGCCUGAGGAGAAUGGCAUGACAACUACGAAAUCGGUGGUGAUCGUGCUGGACGAGUUUGACUUGUUUUCGUAUCACCCGCGACAAACGCUGCUGUAUAACUUGUUUGACAUUGCACAGGCAAAGAAGGCCCCUGUUGCGGUGUUGGGGCUCACUACGAAGGUUGAGGUUACUGAGAACCUUGAGAAGCGGGUGAAGAGCAGGUUCAGCCAUCGACGUGUGUUUCUCCCUCGGCCCAGGAGUUUUGUUGAGUUUGUGGAUAUAUGCAUGGCUUCGUUGAAGAUUGAAGGUGAUGAGGUGGAUUCUUGUCCGUUGGACGGCGAGAAGGGACCAAUUCUCCUAAAGGGGUGGAACAAUUAUAUCCAGGACCUAUUUGAAGAUGCCGAGUUUGCACGUCAUCUCGAGCCGAUAUACUACCGAAGCAAGAGUGUGCGGGACUUCUUCCGCAGUGCGCUGGUCCCGAUAACGUCGAUGGCACUAGGCUCCGUGGCAGGCACCAAAGCGGAGCUCCCCGGCACGCAGUCCUUUGCAUCAAACUCGCUGGCCUGUCCAGACCCAGCACCGCUUCCCUUCACCCAGCUCUCGGGUUCAUCAAGCAACGUCUCCCUACCCUUGUCGCUACUACUUACGGCAACCCGGCUAACGGCGCUGCAUGAAUCAACGGCAACGGCCACGGCAACGGCAGCAUCACUUAGCCUAUCCUUUGCGGCCGUUUACAGCGAGUACGUGCGCCUGCUCACCGUAGCCAAGGCAUCGGCAUCGGCCUCUGGCGCAGCGGCAACGCCGGGGCGGGUAUGGGGUAAAGAGGCUGCCAAAGAAGCGUGGGAGAAGCUGGUUGACUGGGGCCUUGUGUUGCUUGUCAAUGGCUAUGGGAUGGGAGACGGCAAAAUGUUCCGGGUCGAGGUGUCGUUUGAAGAGGCUGUCGCAGCUCUAGGCUCUACCGGGGCCGGGGCACUGGGCAGAUGGUGGAGAGACGGGUAA